AUGAUAAGUAGUGCUUCAUUGCACAAUGAAGAGUUGAACAAUUUGAAAUUGGACAGACCUGGGAAAGGUAAAACCCCAGCACAAAUCCAGAAACACACUUUAACGCAGACAAUAGAAUCGAAUCCUGUGGAAAAAAGUCUACAUUUACUAUCGAAAGGGGAUGAUUUGCAAAAAAUAAGCGUGAUAGAAAAUGUUCCGACGCUAUUAAGUUCUUACAACCAAGCUACGUUAAUCAAAAUAAUCCCGAAAAUUCAGCAAGAAUUGAUUAACUCUUCCUGCGAAAUACACAUAACGACGAGCGCGGUUUUUAGACAACUCAUAGAAAAAAAAGUUCCAGUAAACAUACUGCAAUCUGUGCUGCUGGGAAUCGAAAAUAAAGACCCCGUAAUCUCAAACACAUGGAUGGAAACGUUGAUACAAGCAAUACCAUUCCUCACGAACGAUGCCAUUAGAACCAAAUUACUACCCAUGGCCUUACUGAACUCGCAGAUCACCAAACCUUUGCUAACUCGCUUGAGCAGCUGUAGACUGCUGGGCCAAAUGGCCGCCAGUUCGCAAAUAUCCAGCAACGAAAUACGUACCGACAUCCUCCCGUACGUGCAAAGUCUGUGCCAGGACCACCAGUUCGAAGUUAGAGCGGUGAUGUGCAGCCAAAUACCUUCCGUAGCCAAAGGGGUGUCCAAUAAAGACUUGGUGAACUUGUUUCUUGUACCUUGCGUCUUGGAGUUGUGUUCCGACGAGAAUAUGUCCGUGAGGUGUUCGGCUGUGGAGGUUUUGGUCGCUUUGUGUCCAAACUUAUCGGACGCCAUCUUACAAGGCACCAUAAUACCCGUGUUCAAACAAAUGUGCACUAAAAGUGCGGAUGAACACAAUACGACGUACCCUGUUAUAUCGAAGAACUUGGAAGUGGUCUUAAAGCACAUGGAACGCCUUCUGUCGGAAUCUGACUGCGUGUGGUUCUUGCAAUACUACAAGUCCCUCACUGUUCGCGGUUUCCACAAGAGAGUUGACCAAGACCCAGCCCUGGGAGUCUUGUGUAGGGAAUACUGCGCUUUGAGUCUACCGGCCAUGGCUCAAUUCACUCUGAAACGCGCACCGUUGCAAAACAACAUAGAAAUGUGGCAUAUGAUUCUGCAAGACCUAACUGGAGACCCCUGCUAUAUAGUGCGUAGAGCCGUCGCGUCCACUUUAGUGAAAUCAAUGACAAUUAUGGGAACCCACUCCGGUAAUUUCCAGGAUAGUGUCAUAAAACUCCUCAAAGACGACGCAGAGGAAGUUUUGGACGCUUUAGUGCCGAACAUUGGUUUUAUUUUGAUGAUAUUUCAGUCCCAAGGACUUAUUGCCAAAGACUCUAUAAACCGCGUAUCUCUAGAAGUGUGCAGGGCCUUAUUGAAAUGCGAGAUGGAGUUGUUUAACGUUUUAAACUGGAGGAAUCAGCAAUUGUUCAUCAAACAAAUAGAAUGUUUACCCUACUGCGUUCCCUCCGAUUUUAUACACCUUCAUUUCACGCCGAUGUUAUUCAACAUCGCCAUCGAAGGGAGAGUUAGGCCUGUUAGGGUGCAAGCUACAAGAACUUUACUGGUAUUCUUGCGGUUGAAUGGAAAGGAGCAACAAAGAAAGUGGAUAAGGGAUAAUUUGUUUAACAAGUUGUGCCUCUCGAACUCGUGUUACACCAGAUGUAUAUACAUCAAAAUGUGCGCGCAUGCCUUGACGAUAUUCAGCAACAGGUAUUUCAAGGAGCACUUCUACAAAAAUCUUUUACACCUUGCUGACGACCCUGUAUCGAAUAUUCGGUUGCAACUGAUUGAAUUGGCGCCCAUACUGAAAGACAUACUCACUUUACCCGGCGAUAAAUUCCUUCUGACGAAUUUGGACUUGGCUAUCACCAAAAUGGGUUCUUCGAAAAGCGAUAGAGAUAGAGACGUUUUGUACUCCAUUGACUGCACGCUCAAAAAAAUGCGCACGCUGUCGCCACCAAAACAAGACAUGAUUGUGGAAGAUAAGCGGCGACUGGAGGAGGAGGAAAAAAUAUUUUCCGGGAAGCCUUUCACCGACCAGAGAUUUGCACCCAUUCUCGCCCAAAAACCCGCAGUCGUAAGACCAACACCACACAAGUAGCUACAGUUACGUAUAUCAUACAUUAUGGUUUAAUUAAUAUUAAUUUCUCCGUUACAUCAUUUAUUUUACACGAUAGAAUAUUGUAACAGAUCAAUGGACAUAACUGCAGGCCAGGUGAAAUGCUUUUUUGCAUAGAACAUGUGAGUAGGUAAACUAUUUGUAUCAGUGAAAGUGACUUGCACUGAUUUCCUGUUCACCUUUUCAAAUACAAUUACUACUAA